AGCAUGUGGGUCUCGCGCCAAGGCAAUUAAACAGAAAAUAGAUAAAAUAGAAAAACCAAAGCUCAUGAUGGACCACAUCCCUGUGCUUCUUCUCCUUCGCUCCUUCCCAGCGAUCUUUCUCUUAGCGGCUGUGCCUCUAAGUGUUCAACUGGUUUUUCCAUGGAAAGCUCAGAUCCUCGAUCGCUGUUCCAAGACAUCAGAUUAAGAGAGCUAAAUGGAUUCAGAGUUCGCAAGCGAUCGUAUAUCGGUGACGCCGCAUCUGAUUUCAGUGAAACUGGAGCUGUGGCCGUAGAACACGCCGGCGAUGUAACUCCGCCGUUGGCUAUUUCGUUUUGCAAGAGCAACAAGAACUCGCACAUCCUCGCCGUGUCCGACGAGGACGGUUACGUGAGCUUGUUUGAUACUCGUCGGCAGUUUGCAUCUUCCUCCUCUCACCAGGAAAAUGCAGAGAAAGCUAGGGUUUCUGAAUGGAUUGCGCAUCAUAAUGCCGUGUUUGACUUAUGUUGGAUCAAGGAGGAUACUCGUAUUCUGUCAGCUUCAGGUGAUCAAACUAUUAAGGUGUGGGAUGUUGAGAAAAGGAAAUGUACUGAAAUGUUAAUGGGGCAUACAGGAAGUGUAAAAUCUAUGUCACCUCAUCCGGCUAAUCCUGAGAUUAUUGUCUCUGGUUCAAGAGAUGGCUCCUUUGCUCUUUGGGAUAUGAGAUGUAAAUCCAACUCCAAAAGUAGGCACGAGGAGCUAUGCUUAAGCUCAAUUGCUGUGGUUAAAGGAGCUCAUCUUUCCACCCAAGCAAAGCGUGUGCGUCGUGGCAAGGCUGCUUCAAUGAGUAUCACAUCAGUUCUUUAUCUCAAAGAUGGAAUUUCUAUUGCCACUGCUGGAGCUGUGGACAGUGUUGUGAAGUUUUGGGACACCAGAAAUCUGAAAACUGUAGUCACACAGACAUGCCCUAAUCCUGAGUCGACUGAGAAGGAAAGAAGAUUACACGGUAUAUCUAGCUUGUCCCAAGAUUCGAAUGGAGUAUCUCUUUCAGCGUCAUGCAUGGACAACAGAAUAUAUCUAUAUAAUGUAUUUCAGCUUGAAAGGGGUCCUAUCAAAUCUUUCUAUGGCUGCCAAAUUGAAUCAUUUUUUGUGAAGUCAAGUAUCAGCCCUGAUGCAACUCACAUACUUAGCGGUUCUAGCGAUGGAAAUGCGUAUAUUUGGCAGGUGAACAAGCCCCAAGAUAAUCCUACCAUAUUGAAAAACCAUGAUGGAGAAGUCACAGCAGUUGAUUGGUCUCCUUUGGAGACUGGGAAGAUAGCAACCUCUUCUGAUGAUUUCACGGUACGCAUUUGGAAUUCUCAAAGUAGUUACUGCUCAAGCGCUAGAACGCCAUCUACCAAUAGGAGGGUAAUGGCAGUACCUGGUGCAGAAUGUAGAAAGCUUUUCAUGAACGAAUCAAUGCCUCUUAAAAAGGAGAAUGCUAACAGUUUGUGUACGGAUGAAGUAUCACAUGAAGUCAAGUCACCGAGUCCUAUCAAAAUGUCCAAAUGCACUACUCCUGAAGCACAGAAGAAAAGGUUCUUGUCGGAUUCUGAAUCAAACGAAACCCUUGAGAAAACUCCAGAAGCUGCAUUGAGGAGCCCAUCUUCUGUCUUGAACCCUCCUUCAUCGCUUAAAAGGAAAACAAUCCGCGAUUAUUUUAUAGCUGCGUAAAUGAUCAGUAAAUGAUUCAUUCAGUUGCCGCAGUUAUAUUAUAGAAUACGGAGUUAUUGUUCAUAGUGUUGAUAUUGCUGCUUGGUCUGCCACUACAGAAGCAAAGGCGCACCUGCGAAGCCUUUUUAAGGGUCCAAGUUGAAGUCUGGAAAAGCAAAAUAAGACAACCUCAAUUAUUCUUUCCCCCAACCCAAAGGAAAGGAUUUGGGUAGUUGACGUGAAAGAUGUCAGCCAUCAAAUGAUGUAUCGUAAAUAUUUUAUAUUAUUUUUUGUAGAUGGACUCUAAUCCUUUGAAUUGGGGAAGAGAUUCUUUUUGGUCAUCCAUAUCGGUGGGAAUAGUAUGAGUUUGAAUUGACGGUAUAGAUCAAUAGACUUUCAUGAUAGUAUACUAAACGUUCCUGGGAAUCAUUGGAACACUUGGGACGAAAAUUUGCCAAACAUAGGAACGGGCCUUAGAAGUAUUCCUAAAAACCUUUUUCCGUUUCGUUCGGUGAUGGAAGAAUUUCAACUCGAAGGGACUUGCCGGCAAUAGAACUUCGAUUCCAUUUCCAUACUGAAAAAGAAAACAUGGCUGAAAUUUUAGUAAAGGAUAGUUGCAACAAUGUUAUGCUGCAAUCUAAUGCUUAAAAAACUUUAGAUAUUGUUUCGUAAGCCAGUUUAUUUCUGGUUUUCUAAAGCUUUACCUUCUUUUUUAUUUUUUGCUGCAGGCUUGAUACAUUAUUUAAAUGACAGUUGCGACAUUCUUAUAUA